AUGGUGGGCUAUGACGAGUACGGGGACGAGUCGGAGUCGAUGGACGGGGCGGACUAUGACUUGUACGACGACGCAGACAGCACGGUGGCAUACGCGGUGCACUUGGCCAUGAAAGACAAGGAGGAUUGGCUGGUGGACAAAGCUCUGGAAAGAAUCCGCCGCGCGCAAGUCAUGGGGCAGAAGAACGUUCGCUUGUCCAAGUCUGAGGUGGAGGCGCUUGAGCGCAAACGGAUGCAGACUGGUGCCGGAACUUUCGACCGCACGAGGACUGGAGAACGUACCCCGGACGGCGGCGCUGGUCGAACAGGGAUGCGGCGAGCUCCAUCCGGCGCAGUGCCCCCGUCACCAUAUUGCGGCGCCCUCGACGACGGCGAUGUCUUCGACGCACAGCCCAGGAGCUCGGGCUCCCCGACAUCGCAACGGCCUCGCUCUCUGCGAUCUCCCCAGCCCAUCGCAUCGCCUAGAACUCCGCUUGACUCCCCUUACAAGCCCGACCGCCAGUCCGCCGCCAUUCCGCACAUGCGUUCGCAGGCGUCGUCCCCGCUGAAGAGCAGCCCGGCAUUCGCACGUCCACUCCCCGACGAUCCGCACUGGGUUCCUCCCUAUCAGAUACCGUACCCAAGGGAGCCACCUCCGUAUCCCCUUCACAGUCCGGUGGAGCCCCGACGAGGAGGCUCCUCGAAUCGCACCGGGCUAUCACCAUACGUGUCAAGCUAUGGGGACCGCCCGUCAAGCAGCGCGCGGAACUCGUUCGCCCCGUGGUAUAGCCCGGCCAAACCUACGGUCGAAGUCCCCCGGGAUGGAGACGACGAGGAGGAGAGCGACUCUGACGCUGACGAGUUACAUAUUGUGGAUGUGGUGGAGAGAAAAGUCCCGACAAGUCCUUCCAGCCGCGCAGCGACGGGCAAAGGAAGCCGUCAACGCCGCAGUCGUCCUUGA